CGCUUUCUCACUCCGGAUAUUAGAACAGAAGCAGCAGCCGCUCCCCUCGCUUCGUAUCAAACCAAAUUUAGUGCUGUUUGAUUAUCCGCACAAUGGACUCGCAAAUCAAGUUUGCUGUGGUGGUGAAAAUUAUGGGAAGAACUGGAUCAAGAGGUCAGGUGACUCAAGUGAGAGUCAAGUUUUUGGAUGAUCAGAACCGUUUCAUUAUGAGGAAUGUUAAGGGACCGGUCAGGGAGGGAGAUAUUCUCACCUUGCUCGAGUCCGAGCGAGAAGCCAGGAGGCUUCGUUGAUUUUUUUUUCCCGAUGUUUAUGUUUGCAAGUAUCUUCUUAGUUUUGUUAUUUCUGAAAGGGGACUUGGAUUUGUGGAGACUGCGUUAGAUGGAUGAGUUGUUUUUAAAAGCUUAAUCACGGUGUUGAAACGAACUAAGCUGGUUUUGAGAUUAUGAUUUUUAUCUACAGUUUUUGCUCUGUUUCAA